AUGUUCAAAAGUGUUUUCCUCAUCGGAGCCCUUUUCGCCGUUGCCUUAGGACAGUCUUGCAAUCCGAACGCCAUCACAGCCCGUGAGUCGCUUUCAGUGUGAAUACUCUUUCGAGAAACUUUUUCAGCAUGUAUGGAUGGAUUGCCUUGCCAAACCGGACAAACUUGUGAUACGGUGCUUCAAAGUUGCUGUGCCGAUUCGGACCUCAGUAAGUAUUCUCCCUACUCUUCUCCUCUAUAGUCACCAUUUAAAGUCACCACCACGGUCUCUGGUUCUGCCACCAGCACCGUCACCUCGUCUUCUUCCACUGUCUCCGGCGCCACCGUCACCUCUCGCACCACUUCUUCUUCCUCUUCUUCCUCCUGUGCCGAUCGCGUCAACCCAUCCACCGGAGUCUCCGAUUGCCCAGCGCGUGCUUCUCUUUGCAACGAUGCCACCUACUACACCGUCAUGACCCAGCAGUGCCCAAAGACUUGCGGAAGAUGCAACUCGACGUCGACUACCUCCUCUUCCAGUUAGUUUCCUACUAUUUCUUCAAUCAUUCCUCCAUGUUCCCUUCCUAAUCCGCCCGUUCCAGCCACCUCAUGCGUUGAUCGUACUAACCCAUCGACCGGUGUUUCCGAUUGUUCAUCCCGUGUCUCUCUUUGUAAUAACGCAGUCUAUUACAAUCUGAUGACCGUUCAGUGUCCGCGUACUUGUGGACGCUGCUUCUCCAAUAGCUCUUCUAGCUCUUCCUCUUGUGAGUGGCAGACUGCCUCUUCUUCCUGCCUCGCCAAUUCCCUUUGCUUCUGCUUCUGCGUGAUCAGUUUUUUUCUCAUCUUAUCGGGUACAUUUCAGCCUCCUGCGUCGACCUCACCAACCCAUCGACCGGAGUCUCUGACUGCAAAUCCCGUGCUUCCCUCUGCAACGAUUCCAACUACAUCUCGCUCAUGAGAACCCAGUGCCCGAAAACGUGCGGCUUCUGCAACAGCUCUUCCUCUUCUUCUUCGUCCACUUCUUCAUUCUCCACAUCAACUGUUUCCUCCGGAAGUAAUCUGUCAUUCCCCUCAUCUCAAACAUCGAUUCCCUUUUUUUUUCAGCAUGCGUCGACCGCACCAAUCCGGCCACUGGAACCUCCGACUGCGCCGCCAACAUCGCCCUCUGCAACAAUUCGGCCUAUCAGUCUUUGAUGCGCGUUCAGUGCCCGAGAACUUGCGGAUUCUGCAGUUCUGGAUGA